UCCGGCGUCGUCGACGAUUCGUUCGAUGUCGAAUGGCUGGCCUCGACUACGAGGCUACUAUUAGAUAUAUAUAUAAUUCUACGCUAAAGAGUUUCCCCGUAUCUGUAUGCAGCAGUUCACCCACCUAGUGUAUCCAUUAGAAUAGAUGCCUAUCAUCAUGAAACUUACAAUAUACCUAUUAUGUCUAGCCUGGGCAGUAUCUUUAACCUAUGCACAGUUUGGAAGUUUUGGGUUUAAUUCUUUUGGAAGUUUCGGCCUCGAUAGUCCUCUGGUAGCAGUUAGAGAUCCUAGACAGAACCCAGGUCCAGUUGUAUUUCCUCCGGCCCCGCCUGAUAAUGGUGAAACUAGUGGUGUAGUUGUAGGUGCAUCUGGAUAUGGAUUUGUUCCACCAAAUAAUCCAAGUGGUACAUCCCAAACGUCUCUUUAAGUUUAUACAAGGGGGACCAGGACAUAGAAGCCAUCACCUUUCAUUUUUCUGAGAAUGGAAACCCGAUCAAUGUGUUUGAUUCAGAAAGCAUCUUAUCAAAUUUAUUUGUUAUUGUUAUUGCUCUUUCGCCUGAGCAAAAUCAAGUUUGUAAAUUUAUCAUUUUUUCAUAUUAACUAUUAAUUAAUUCAUUGUUAUUUUCUCAAAUAAUUAAUUAAAUGUCAAUAAAGUUAAAUUGAACGAUUCCUGUUUAAAGUUGAAAAUACAACGUGAAUUAAGCCGACUUAUAUUUGCUCAUAGAAAAUUAUAUUUUUAUUUUUAUUGUAUAUA